GGGCCCCGCCGCAAGCCGCCCUCGAGGGCGAGAGAAUGGGCGGGUAUCGCUUGGGAGGUUUAUAGCAUUUCGUUGUCCUGCUGAGUCACGUCCUAAGGCGGAAGGAAGCCUGCAGAUGCCCUGCCCUGACAGGGGAUAGCGAGGCAAACCUUCUCAUCUCGGCCGGGAGGGCUCUUUUCCUGGGGUCUGAAUGUCUGAUACAUCAGGUCUUCGACAUUUGAAACAACUGGUUUGUCACCGCGGAAACCUCAGUUUCCCUGGGACUCAAGGUUUAGUAAGCCGCGGCUGCCCUUUUGUAAUCUUUACCUCGCUGGAUUUUGUGAGAAUGCAAUGACCUUGGAAAACCAGCAGGUCACACACUGGGCCAGUGACUGACCCUGGGCCUUCACGUGCUGCAGGAGGAAUGGUGGCCAAGGGCAAACUGCUUGGCCUGCUCUGGCAGCGUGUGGUGACAGGUGCUGCCCUUGAGAGCCGCCGCCAACUGUGUAUGUCCUCCCGGCGGGCUGACUGCAACAGAGCCUCGCUCACUCGAGUGCACCGGCAGACCUACGCACGCCUCUACCCUGUGCUCCUGGUCAAGCAGGAUGGUUCCACCAUCCACAUCCGCUACCGGGAGCCUCGACGGAUGCUCACAAUGCCCGUGGACCUGGACUCUCUGUCCCCAGAGGAGAGGCGUGCACGGUUCCGGAAACGAGAGGCCCAGGUCAAAGAGAAGGAGGAGGAGCCAGAGCUCGGUGACAACUUUGAUGUGGAGCAGUACAAGCAGUUUUGGACCAAAAAGUGAUGGUGCCUGGAAGCUGCUCUGACCGAGGGGGAUGCUAUGGAGCAGGGAGGGGCAUGUGUCUUUAAAUCAUGUGUUCACGAA